AUGCCAUCAGAUGUUGGAUUGGAUGUUCUGAGUGGAUUCUGGGUGAUAAUCAAGCUGGCGACAGCACUAUUUCUACAUCAGGCAACAUUGCAGCGCUUACCACAGCGAGUGGAGGUCAUGUGUUUCUAUCCACAGCGUCUGUACUGGUUACAGACAACCAUAGUCAAUCAAGGAAAUGUCGCGUCAUAUUGGAUAAUGGAUCGAAAAUGA